AUGGCUGCUCAGCUCCACAAUUUUGAGGAGACCUUCACUCAGCUAUGUGAACUAGUGGAAGAGCAAGGCAAAAAAGGCAAAGGACCUGCCAUCAGUUUCGAUGCUCAAUUGGCAGACGCUCUUCACUCCACGACUACGCCGAACCUCUCAGACGAACUACAAGCACGGCUCAAGACCUUUGAACAAAAAAAGUCGUUCCUCCGCUUCGACGGACCUGCGAUAUGCCUUGUCAUUUCGACCGUACUACAGUUUCCUCCCUCGAAUGUCGUCAGCAAAGUGGUGUAUUUCUUCAUGGAUAUGCUCUUACUAUACAAGAACGAGAAGAAAGCUUGGGAAGCUUUACAAUCAUACCUGGAGGUGGAUGACCUGAAGCAGGAGGUACAGAAUCGUCGUGCUUACAUCUUCUCCACACUACCACUGAUGCUGAGAUGUCUUCUGUUCGACGAUAGUAAGCAUGGCAAAAUCAGAAGACUUUCAGCACAGUUGAUUGUGGCUCUAUGCACCAAUAACGCGGUUGCUUGGCGAGGCUUAAUGGAAGAGCAGGAGAAGCACCAUUUGUUUGGCUCGUUGAUUCGCCAUGUAGACGACCACGUCCUCAAGAUCCUGGUUGCAGACAUUGUCCGACAUCUAAGAUCAGAGAACUUCGACUCGAAUGAAAUUUGGGAUAUGACUGAUGAAGAGGCUAUGGACUUCCCGAGCUCGCAAGAGAUCAAAUCGUCCGACCUCGCUAAGAUGCUGCGGUCAAUGAAAGGCAUGAAAAGCAAGAAGACUGGAGGCCCUCUACACACUUACGUCUAUCUUGUGAAGGAUAUAAAUAUCAAGGAGAAAGCGCUACACUCUGGCCGAGCCGAUACUCUGCUGGUGAUCGACGACAGUGUCACAGUCCUUGUGCCUAACGAGGCAACAGCUAAAACCACAUUCAUUCCAUACGAGUUCCCUAUCGAUCAGCAUAUGAUUGCAGAAACUAUUUCUCGUGGACACAGGUCGAAUACAGUACGUAUGACGUGGCGGCACAGCAAAGGCUUCUGCUUCUUCAAAGGCAAGAAGACGGCGGUAGCCGAGCUCAGUGUUGAGUUUGCCGAAGACAAUGCUCAUUCUAGCUUCUCCAAGAUUCUUCAACAUGUUCAGGAGUGCCGAAGCACGGGUCAAGCCUCGAGCGACAUUCACCAGCAGACACCCACGAUUCCGAUGCAAUCUGCAAAAAUUGCAAAUACAGACGACCUGAGGGUGAUGAACACUAACGGGAGUGGACCAGAAGCAUCGUGGUCGAGCGGGCAUACCGAACAACUCAACGAGAACAAGCACAAUCAGCCUUUUGACUUACAUGACGAGGAAGAAACACUGAAGCUACAAGCGGCUAUCCAGCACGAGGGCCCAUCGCUCACAAUUACACUUGACCAGGCCAACGACGCAGAGUAUAUUGCUUUUCAAACCUCCGCUCGUACAAACAUGGUACAUGCCACGAAAGAUAGUCCUCGUCAGCUAAGCAAGCGAAAGCACGCAGACACUGUUGACCGCUCCACAACCAUCACUGAUGAGGUGUCUACGAAGCGGUCCAAGGCAAGCACAAAUACCGUCAGCACUGAAAUCCACACAUCGAAGUCGUCGUUUACAAUGGAGCAGAUACAUGUUCGUGCAGCGCAAGGACAUGACUCAUUAGAUGCAAAUUCGCGAAGCCUUGAAGAGCUGGGUGAAGUCAACACAAUCUCGACUAAGAACAAUGCAAAAGAGCCCGCAUCGGCACAAGAACAUAAUUAUGGCAAGGCUUCACCCGCACCGACAGAGUCGAACACACAGAAGCCAGCUGGCCGUUCUAAACUCAAGAAACGAGUUCGAAAUACAUCGCAAGCACGACAUAACAAUGGCGAUAUUCUGGUCACAGUUGCCUCGAAUGAUAAGGAAUGGGAGAUAGAUUUGCAGGAUGAGCCUAGGCCUCUAGGAACCAGGAAAUCUAAGACAAAAGCAGCUGCCAACUCCAGGUCGCGCGAGCUCAGAGACUCUACGAAUAUGGCACACAAGACAAACCCACGAAAAGCAGUCACACCAAGGUCAAGAAACCAGGAGGCAAAAAAGGUGAAGUCAGUGACCGCAAAGACUAGACAGACAGAGGACACUGCAGCCAAGAGCAGACCCCAAAGGGCCAGGCCACAUCAAGUAGACUACGCUGAUCCAUCACAGUCGGGUACAGAUGUGGAAGAUGAAUUGAAUACUCAGCAUGAUGGGUCAUUAAGUCAAGCCGACAACAAGAAGCAAUCUGUAUCUUCGCCAAAGCUGAAGCGUCCCGCGACUUCUGUUGCUCGUGGAGGUGUGGUUAAGUUGCCGGAUCAUUCGGGGUCAUCUGGAGGUUCUACUGAAAUAGUACCAAACUCUCAAUCAGGGAAUGACGACGAGAUCAUGGUAGAGGACUCUGAUCCUGAAGGAAGGACAGAAGGCAAAGACCAUGUGGCCCGAGCGGGCGAAGCUAGUUUUAGCACAUUGCUUGGUGAUUUUGUUCCAACAAUGCAGCGUCUUCCAGGGAUGAUAGACCUCGAUCAGGAACAGCCACCCUUUGGAGAUCCUGCCAAGUUUGUCAACAACGUGAAUGCUGCUAAGAGCGUCAGCACGUCUACCAAGAAUGCGCAUGAUCGCGGUGCCACGCAGUCACGUUCGGCUGUAAGAUGGUCACAACCUGACGGAGCUUCCGUAAGGCAUUUAGAGAUCAGAACACAGGGUUUGGACCGCCGCUCGAUUGAGCACGAUGGUGAAACAAAUGCGGUACCGGAUUUCGGGGAGGAGUCUGUACGUGGACCGGAUCAAGCGAGAACACCCCCUGAUAUCAGGUCUUACAAGAAUGAUGUGGGCAUGGGGAAAGAUGUUGUAAGUCAAGAUAACCAAUCUCGGAUAGCGCACAGAGAACCAGUGGUCACAUCAGUUUCCGUCAGCAAUGCAGUUCCGUUAGUACAACAGCACCCGGACGACCAGUUGAAAGGGGUCAGACGACAACUAAAAGCAGAAUUUGUUGCAUCACAAACACUGAUUUCACCGGGUAGUGCAUCCAAGAAAUCGAGCGAAGCUCGAGCUGUACGUCAAAGUGCUGGUCAUGAUGCUCCUAGCCUGCAGGUGCACCAGGGUCAAAGAGUGAGUCCUGUACGCUCGAAUCUCUCUAAAGCAAACACAAAAAACGUGCGUAACAAGCCAGUUCAGUCAAUUGUACACUUUCGCCGCACUGGUCCAGUUGGUCAACACUCCUUACAACGAGCUGAGCUCGAAGCACGAUCAGCUCUCGAACUUCAACCAGCUUGGAAUAGAAGUGGAAAGGAUUUGGACCAUCCGAGAAGUCACGAAGCAUCGGCACGAAAAAUACAAAACCAUGCAAUCGGGAGUCGCGAUCCAGUGGUCGAUCGCACAAAUGCGCCUGUCGUACCUUCCAUGAAGUUAGCCAAAUCCCUACACGACAAGUACGGGUCAAAAAUCUUGCCACAGCGCACCGUGCCUGCCGAUAAAACAUCAGCUGCUGUCUCUCUUCAGAAAAGGCUAUCCUCUCGCCAUACGCCUGCUGCUCAUGACGUUUCGUUAGAUCUACAACCAAGUGAUGCCCAGGAUACUAUAAAUGCAACUUCUGCCAAGCACUUAUCUGAAGAGCCUCCUAACGACGAUUCUAUGCUUGUCGAGAUGCCGCCGCCGCCCUCACCUUGCUCUGAGGGUGAGACACCUGCAAAUUUGGUCAUCAGCUCGAUUGAAGCUGACCAUCGAAGUCGAGAAGAAAAGGAGGAACAGGACGACGACGGCGAAAGCAUUCAGACUUCGCCAUCAAAGCAGGCAAAUACAGCACAAGACAUGACACAAGCUAAGCUUCAACGAUCACAAGGACUUGAUAACGUCCCACAGUUGGAAACAGGCAAAAAGUACAACGCUAACGUUACGAUGUCAUUGAGCAAUGCUUCCGAGCUCAACAAGCCAACUACCUCGUUGAACCGCGACUUGAGAUUGUUAAACGUCUUCGAUGCCCGGGAUUUAUACAAGCCAGAAACCAGGUCCGUGGCCACGGAUUCAGCCUUACUACAAACAGUACGCCCGCCCUUGAAGACACCAGAAACGAAGACGAUAGUAGCACAGAAUGCUAGCGUCUCUCCGAAGCGCAUCAAGCCAAUGCCACCUCCUCCGAAGCCCACUACCAAACACCAGCGACGAUCGGAGCUAAGCUACGGCAACACAGCAUACGGUAAAUCCAGUAAGAGUGAAGGAUCCGAACAAGACACUACGUUACCUGGAGACGAUCAAGCAACCAAGCCGCCACCUCUCAACAUUAAGCGAAUCAGACAGGCAGAGACAGCUCCAGCUCCGGCACCGGCUCCAAUUUCAAUGCCUUUGAUUGCCCACACAAGUACACCCCAGCCUUUCCACGAGCAACUCCACGCUAGCACCUCCCCUGUCCAACAUACCGAGUCAUUCACGGCUCUUGAGCUGCAAGAGAUGGUACACAACGAAUCCGAUAUGAGUGAUACGAAUGACACAACCUUGGUCGAGCCCAUUCUGCUUCUGAGAUGCAGUGAGUCUCGUUCGCCUCUCACGACGUCGACUUGUAUGCCAGAUGUUUCUCCCGGUCCUGGUUCAGGAGCUCAAAACAACAAGACUGUUGUCCAGCAGCUCAAUCUUCAAUCCAGAGUUUCACCCAUGAGUAAUGUACGCCAAAGUCUGCAACAAACUCUGACAGCUGUCACACAGGACAUCCUGAAUCGCCUAGAGAAAGAGGAGCAGCUGGCACGAAACCUCGUGCAGCAAUACCACAAUGGCUGUUUCGAAGUCUUGAACAGCCUUCAGCAAAACGCAGAAUCAAGAGUGAAACACAAUGCUACAAAACUUGCGUCGGCCCUUGCUGCAGCACAAGCUCGACUUGAGAACACGACCAAGGCGCUUGAUGAACCAGUAACAGAAGAUGGAGAGCUGAUUGAGCCAGUAGACUUCGUGAGCAUCGAUGAGAUUGGUAAUCAUGGUCAAACACUCUUGAACAUGUUGGACAAGGUUAGCUGCUAA